AUGGAGCUGACGACUUGGGUCCUCGUGGGCGCGACGCUGCUGCAUUCAGCAGUUGCCAUUCAACCCGCGCGACAACCACAUCAACCAACCGGCAAUGGCGAAAAGAUUCUAACGUGGAAUGAAACGAUGGUGAACAACCAAUUCAGCGCUAGUUCCACAUCCGUGAAUUGGCUAUCCGGCGGAGAGGAUGGACAAUACAUCUACGCUGGCGAUGGCGGGGCUCUGAUCCUAGAGAAUUUCAUCACGGGCGAGAGUUCGACUUUCGUCGCCGCGGACCUGCUUCCAAGUGGUGUGCAUGAAUAUUGGAUUCAUCCGGAUCUUUCUAAAGUGCUAUUCUCGACGAAUUAUACAAAGCAGUACCGACAUUCGUAUUUCGCCGAUUACUCGAUUCUCGACGUGGUGUCCGGCGAGCUGACGCCGCUAGUAGAGGAUCAAGUUGGCGACAUCCAGUACGCUGAAUUCGCGCCCGUGGGUGAUGCGAUUGCAUUUGUUCGUGGCAACAAUCUGUACUUAAAUAAAAACGGUACUAUCUCUCAAAUUACGGAUGACGGUUCCCCUGAUCUUUUUAAUGGAGUACCGGAUUGGGUAUACGAAGAAGAAAUCUUCGGCGACCGCUCCGCGAUUUGGUUCUCUCCUGACGGUGAGGUGCUCGCGUACUUGAGCUUCGACGAGACCGGUGUCGAGACUUUUACUGUGCAAUAUUUUACGGAUAAUUCCGAUGAAGCGCCUGUUUACCCACGGGAAUUGGAAUUGAGAUAUCCUAAGGUCGGCACGACUAACCCGACCGUGAAUAUAACGCUUUUGAAGAUCGAGAGCGAGGAGAAAUUGACAGUACCGCUAGAGGAUCUAUCGGAGAAUGACCUGAUUAUUGGUGAAGUUGCGUGGGUAACAUCUGACCAUAGCAGUGUUGUUUACCGCAUCUUCAAUCGCGUGCAGGACUUUUCGCAGCAUGUCCGAGUUGAUGUGGAUGAUGAGAAUAAUAAAGCUACUACCGAAAUCAUUCGCACGCGAAAUGGAACUGAUGGAUGGUUAGACAAUGAUAUCGGCAUCAAGUUCGUCGGGCCUGUCAACGGUUCUGAUGUUGAUUAUUAUGUCGAUGUUUCGGACGAGUCGGGCUGGCAGCAUAUUUAUUUGUAUGCUGUUGACGGGUCAAGCGCUAUAGCCCUCACUGAAGGAGAGUGGGAAGUGACCGCUGUUCUUAAGGUUGACACUGAGCGGGAGCUGGUUUAUUAUACUUCUACUAAAGCCGACAGCACUGAACGCCACCUAUAUUCAGUGUCUUACUCCACGCUAGAAUCGAAAGCUUUAGUGGAUGAUACCGUCCCUGCAGGCCCGAUGUUGCCCUACCAGGAAUUAUACGCCGCUAAUGAUACCUCAACACCUCUUCGAACAAUUACCUCAAAUGAAGCACUUUGGAAUAAGUUGCAAGACUAUAACUUACCAAAUCUUACCUAUUUUACACUUGACCAUCCCGACGGAUACAGCUUAAACGUGUUAGAACGACUCCCACCAAACUUCGACCCUGCUAAGAAAUACCCUGUCCUAUUCACACCCUACGGCGGUCCCGGCUCGCAAGAGGUUCUAAAAUCAUUCGAAUCAAUAGGCUGGAACGCCUACAUCGCAUCCGACCCAGAUCUAAAUUACAUUCAAUACACCGUUGACAACCGCGGCACCGGUUUCAAAGGUCGAAAAUUCCGCGCAUUAGUCGCUUCCAACUUAGGUGAACUCGAAGCCGCCGACCAAAUAUGGGCAGCGCAAGAACUUGCCGGGAGGAAUCCCUUCAUCGACGCUGAUAAAGUAGGGAUCUUCGGGUGGUCGUUUGGCGGGUACUUGUCUGCUAAAGUGGUAGAAGCGAACUCCGGGGCGUUUACUCUAGGCCUUAUAGUGGCCCCCGUUAGUGAUUGGCGCUUUUAUGAUAGCAUGUACACUGAGCGGUACAUGAAAACGUCGCAAAUAAAUCCCGGUGGUUACAACAAGUCCGCUGUGAGGAAGACAGAUGGUUUCAAGAAUAUUGCUGGUGGUUUCGCUAUUCUACAUGGCCUUGGUGAUGAUAAUGUUCAUUACCAGAAUACGGCGGUGUUGUUGGACCUCUUGGUAAAAGCCGGUGUCCCACCUGCCAAGAUGCAGUGGCGUGUUUUUACCGAUAGCGACCAUGGUAUCUCCUAUCAUGGAGCAUCGACAUACUUGUAUAAGUUGUUGACUGAGCUGCUUUAUCGUGAGAAGGUAAGGGUGAGCGAGGGGUUGGUGCAUCAAUGGGCACGAAGGGCAAGGUCUUGGCUUGUUGGCGUUAAGUGAGGAUUAUUUAGCUAAAAACAAACUCAAUCUAUGUGAAUUUCUACCUACAAUUUUGGUAUCUAUUAGUUUGAGAUUAAUAUGUUUUGGUAUAUUCAAGGUUUCCUAGAAGAUCAAUAAGGGAUGGGGGAUUUCUUAAUACCUGGCUAAACGUAACACAGCCACUGAAACCUCUAUGUUUCGAAAACAAUAUCAAACAAUUAAACGGGAAACAAUUACUUGAUCAAAGUAGCGGGAUUUGAAAAAAACC